GACUGCUGGCACAACUCUCGGGGGCAGUGCUCCAUUAAGUUCCUCAGAAGGUUGUCCUUUCAGCCCCUCCACGAAAACCCCUUGCUGGGCCCCUCCGCCUCUGCACUGGAUAAAGUUGGGGCUCUUAGGCAGACACUAUUAGUUGAUCAUCACCAAUUCUGGCGUGUUUUCACAAGCCCGUUGUUGCAUGCAGGGCUUUUCCACCUCAUCUUAAACUUGUGCAGUAUAGUCUUCGUUGGGAUUCACAUGGAGCAUGAGUUUGGAUCACUAAGGACUGGAGUUGUAUACAUACUCUCUGCCAUUACUGCUAGCUUAGUGGCUGCACUUUUUGUUACUGAGAAAACAUCGGUAACAUCGUCUGGAGCCUUAUUUGGAUUGCUUGGUAUGAUGCUGUCUGGGCUCAUUAGAAACUGUAAAAUUUACACUGAAAAGCUUGGAGCCGUCCUUAUCUUUUUGGUGAUCUUGGCUGUUAAUCUAAUCCUCGGCCUGUUACCAUACAUCAACAACUUUUCCAAUGUUGGAGGAUUCAUAUCAGGAUUCCUCAUUGGGUUUGUGUUACUAUUUGAACCUCAACUAAGCACAAGGGCUCAAGAGAAAGGAGGUCUGUUUGAGUAUGAUCUCAAACAUAAAGUUAAAAUGAAGCAUAAGUUUGACAGACCUUUUCUCAGGGGUGCUUCUCUUGUCAUGUUCAUAUUCGUGCUUGCAGGAGUCUAUUUAGCAGUUCUUCGGGGCACAAAUGCGAACAAGUAUUGUAGCUGGUGCCAACACAUAGACUGCCUUCCAUUCAAAUGGUGGAGCUGCUCGGACAAAGCAAUGCACUGUGAGACCAUGAUCAACUUAGAGCAGUUGACUUUAACAUGCUCAGAGAAUGGAAACUUCAGAGUUCUCCCCUACACCGACAUCUCUUCGGAAAGGAUUCAAGAUCUGUGCAGUCUGAUAUGCUAUUAGAUGAGUAAUGUGAUAAGUAUUACACGACUAAAGGGUUCAAAUAUUUCUGAUGUUUACGUAUUAUUGGCUAUAAUUAGCUUUAUGAUGUGCAUGUGAUCAGCCUGUGUAAAGUUGUUCAAAAUGUGUAGCUGUGCCAAAUUGGUACAUUGAGUCACCGCUAAGCUGCACUGGGAAGUUGAAUUUUUGAUGUAUAUACACAAAACGUAAGCAAAGGAAUUAUUAGAAGCCUACUACAUGCAUAGUUUAACUU